AUGCUUGUGCGCAGCAGCUUACCGGCGAUCCUGUUGACAUGCUUAAUUGCACGAGGGAACGCGUGGAGCUAUGCACCGACCAGCGGGUUCAGGGUUGUUUCUUACAAUGUUCUUUCUUCAUCACUGUGUGAAUCGGAUUAUCACGUCAAGUGUAAACCUUCGAAUUUAGAUGAGCAGAAGAGGUUGAAGAAAGUCAUCAACCUGCUAGAUGAAGAGGUGGAGAAACAGUCAAUCAUCUGUCUACAGGAGGUUUCGACCAAGUGGGCAGGUUCGCUACAUACCUUCUUCUGUGAACAGGGAUAUCACAUGAUACACAUGGGGUAUGGCAACAAGUUUGAUGGCUACAUGGGCGUCAGCAUCUCCUUUCCAACGACAAAAUUUCGACUGAAGGAGAGCAGAAUCGUAAGAGUUUCAGACCUCAAGUCAUGGCCGAAGCCUCCCCCAGAAAAUCCUUUCAAGAGGCUGAAGGGGGCAGUCAAGAGCCUCUGGUGGAAGAUCCGACAGAUUCGACCUCCCAUAGAUCCUGUUUUUGACGCAAAGAAGCGAGCGAAUCAAAUGAUUGUUUUGAACAUCGAGGACAGAGAGACUGAGACUUCGUUCUGGGUUGCAACCUAUCACAUGCCCUGCCAGUUUCGCGUUCCAGCAGUGAUGGUCACUCACACCUCUCUGGCGCUGAGUGAAGCGCAGCUCGCAGCUCGCAACCAGCCUCUCAUCUUCUGUGGAGAUUUCAACUUCAAGCCGGGAGACUCUCCUUACAACCUUGUCACGCAGGGCUUCAUAGCGAAGGAUGACCAGCACUACCCCACAAUGCCUGCUAACGACCCGUGGGUUCCGAAGAUCAGGUACGCCAUGAAGAGCGCAUAUCACCUCUUGAACAACAAGGAGCCGCAAUACACAAACUGGGCUUACACAAAAGGGAGCACAGAAGAUUUCAUCGGGUGCCUUGACUACGUAUUCGUGUCACCGGGAAUUUCAGUGGAAGCGGUGAAGGAGUUGGAGGAAAUUUCAGAUCCUCCUCAAGGUCCCUUUCCCUCCGACACCGAGCCGUCAGACCACGUGCUGAUAGCUGCAGACCUCAGCAUUCAGAGAUUGGGUUGGAAAGCAAAUCUUCGGGGCAAGGGAGGUGAGAUUUAG